AGUGAGGCAAUGAUCAUUCGUUUGUAGAAGUCGGUUACGUUAUAGACUUUAUCCUCCUCUAUAUAUCCAGAAGACACUUCACUUGAUAUAUUUAGUAGCAAUUGGGACUUGGAGCAAGUUGGACGCUUUUCCGCGAUUGCUUUUUCCAUUGCGAAAUAUUUUCGUGUCGCGAUCAUUUUUUGCCUUUUUAUAUAAAAGUGUGAUCUUUUGUGAUUUUUUUCGGGAGUGUUUCAGACAAUUUUCUUUCUUAUCCCCGAAAUAUUUCUCUAUUGAUCAAUUAUGACUUCACUAGAUGGUGGAUAGUGAACUUAUUUUAUUAUUUUCACACAAUUUUUUGAAGACAAUUUUGAGGUGAUUUUUCCUCGCAAUCGUACGCAAUUUUCACUUGAUUGAGAGAAUUUUCUCAAUUUCUCAAACACACGAGAGAAGUAAAAGCAAGAGACAAUGGGAAAUCUCCGAUGGGGAGGAAUGAUCGUGAUCGAGGGAGUUUUCUUCACGUGCUUCCUUUUUUCCGUGGUGGUCCUCAGUGCUCCUGUGGCGCCAGAAUUUGAAUCAGGCACCAUUUUGGACCUCAACAAUCCCGAUCCCAACAUCCUCAGACAGCACAAUAUUAACAUCACCACCAUUCGCAAUCGCCAGGCUGCUCUGAAGAAUCGUAAUAACAUCUUCACGGCAUCCUCAUCGAGUAUCCGGAACAACGAAUCCUUCCAGCAGAAUCCCCAAAGUUCCGGGGUUAUGAAUUCCCGUAAAAUUUUCGAAGAAAGAGCUUUGGAGGAGAUUAAGGAAACAAUUGCGAGAAAUAUUCUAUGGAAUGAUACACGACCAGGUGGGAGCUCUAAUAGCCCCAGCUACCCAAAUUCCCACGACAUUGCAGCCUAUCCGCAGUGCCAGCUACCUCGGAAUACGAAUGAAACAUUCUGGAAUGAAGGGAACUCCUACAAUUUAUUCUUCGAACUACCUACAAUUGCUCCCAAUAUGAAUCUCAGUGCAGCUACAUUGAGGCUGUAUAAGAUCGAUGCUUCGGGCACGGGUACAUCCGAACGGAGGAACCAGACACGACAGGGAAAUGAUUGUGGACAAGUGGAUGAGCUGAUUCGCAUCACAGUUUCCGCCUACGUGAAGAAGCAUCGUAAAGCUGAACGCAAGAAGCGCAUCUACAGCAGCACAAUGGUGGACAAAUUCUUCGUCGGUUGGGUGGAGUUGGACGUUAGGCAGGCCGUUAAGCUGUGGGAGAAGCCCAAUAAGAAUCUUGGUCUAGCCAUUGAUGUACACGAUCAAGAUGAUAAUCUCCUGCGUGCAUCGCAGUUCUUCAUUCAGCACAGUUGUGAGGCAUCAGCCCCGUUCCCAUGGAGCUUCAUCAGUGAAAAUUCCUGGCCUUAUUCUUCAGUGGAGGAGAUGCCUCGCCACCCCAGAAUAGAUUUUAAAAUCUGCUCAAAAUUACCCAGUGGAAGCUCAGAGCUUCCCCAUUGGUUGCAUCACAUGGUAAUGAAGUCCUCAGGAGAUUCAUCUCUCGAGGAGGUCAUUGAGGAGAGAAGUGGAUGUCCUAUUUUGCGCAAAAAACGACGCCAUACUCACCAUAAUCACUCACGAGGACCUCAUGCCUAACUUGGCAAGAAAAAAAAAUAUAGUUUUCUAGAAUUAAUGAGCACAUUAACAAAAAAAAGAAGUGAGAAAAAUAUUUCCACGAGUCACCCUGUGGAAGCAAAAACAAUCACCUGAAAGCAUGUGUGCGCUUUUUUCAAUUAAAUUGUAUUGAUAGAGCUACCUUUUUGCCUUCUACCCAGCUAUCCUCUAGGCUUUUGAAAAGAAAAAAAAUAUUCACAAAGUAAAUCAUAUAAAUGGAAAAAAAUGAUUAUAAUGAGCCGCAUAGAAUUAAAACACACAACACAUACUUAAAGGUUAAGAAUUUUUACAAAAUAACUCCCCCUCUCCUCUUUUUUGCUAUUAUGUAUGUAGGUAAGGUUGUAGGCUCUCUAAUAAGUGUAAGUUAAUUAAACAACAUAAAAAAAUGAACGCUUCAACUUCAGUUAAAAACAUUUUAAAUUAUUAUAUUAAUAAUUUUAAGUUGAACAUAAAAACCUCACUUCUCGAGGCUAAAUGAGUGUCUUUCUUGUGAAAAAAAAUGAAGAGAAAAAACGAGCCCUUUCGCAAUGGAAUUUAUAUUUUUGUAUUUUGUACAAAUUCUGACGAAGAAAAAAAAACCAAUUUGAUUUUUCAUAGUUUCAUGUUUGACGACUAUGCGGUGAAGAAUCCCCCCUCAAGACUUGCCCCAAAGGAACUUGUGGUGCAGCAUAAUGCGCAUUUGAAACUUUUUUUUAUUUCUUGUAAAUAAUAAUACUCCAUUACUAAGCAGUUACAUCUAGUAUUAGGAAUAUUUUUUUUUAAAUCUUUUAAGCUUAAGUAACGAAUGGAAAAAUAAAAAAUAGUGAGUAAAUCAUAGAUUAAAUUAAGAGAAAAAAAAUUGUAAAUACGUGGCAUUGAAAUUAUUUAAAUUUUAAACACUUUUUAGUGUUUGUAUGGUUAGGAUAUUUUCACACUUUUCUGCGAAUUUUCUUUAUAAGAGAAAUAUUUUAGGGGUAAAAAUUGAGUAAGAUUUUCGAAAAUUCUUUCGCUUUGAUAAUAAAAAAUGUUAGAUUUAAGAAAAAAAAUAAGAAAGAGUAUAAGUAAAUUUUUGUAUGUUUUUAACAAAAUAAACUUAUUUUGGUAUAACACA